AUGUUGGUGGACUACUCGAAAACUGACUGUCGGCGUAUUCUUCGAAGACACGAAGUUGAAGCAUACGCAAAGGUGGUCACUGCAUUUCGGGCGCAAGGUCUUUUAACUGGAGAGAAACGAAAACUUCUUGAAGACCUCCGCCGUUUGUUGAGCAUAGCUUGUGAUCGCCACAAGGCGGAAGUGCGACGUGCUGUAAAUGAUGAAGAAUUAGCGACCAUUUCCAAGUUUGUGUGCGGCCAAGACACUGAUGAAAACUGGGUUAUUGAAGGACGUCGGAUAGCACCGAUUUUGCAACGUGGUGUUCCGCAAACGGCCUUCUUGCCUGAAGCCGAUGCGGUUGCAAAAAAGUGGGCUUUCUUAAACUACCAGUUGCCUCAGCCUGCUGAAACAGCUGUUGUUCAUACGGAUUCGACAAACGACAGAGAACGAAACGAUGCCAAUCACCAGAAUGUAAAAUCACCAAGUCGUAUCGAAGCUGAUCUUAAGGAGAAUGAUAAUAAUGAGGCGAAAGUAUCAGUAACAUUGUUGGAAAACACUAUUGUUCAAGAUGGAGAUACGGUGUCUACCAUGGUGCCUGAGGCCGCUGUGGAAAUAACGUGUGAAGCUGAGGUACCAAAAUCCGAUCCAAUUUCCUGUGUGGUUGAAGAAAAAACCAGUCUUAUCACUGAGCUACCGAUGAGGCGCACUAUACACUAUGGACAAUCGAAUUCCAAACGCAUAUCAGUUUCGAUACCAUCCAAUGCUGAUGACAUCCCGCAUAACGUGCCGACAGUUCAAUCAAAACCAAUCAGUCAUACCUGCAUUUCUGGUAUCAAAAGGUCUCCCUCUGUUACGGAAUCCCUUCAAGUGACGAAUUUAGUGUCUGAAUUAGUCACUAAAACACCCAAGCCGGCCACAACUUCAGAUAGCACGACAAACGGUGUGGUCCCCUUUAUUUCAACUCGCAACUUUGUUAUUCGUCAGAACAACAUAUCGACUUCAUCUUCAGGGCCGUUACACAGUUCUCAAAGCGUUCAAAUUAAUAAGAUUCAAAGUAUCAAUCCGGCAAUCUCCGUUUCUGGACACAAUCGAAUAACAUCCACAGCUGUUACCUCGACAACACCAGGCUUGACCACUGUAGUGGUGACAGGCACAACUGGUCCAACUGCCUACGUCUCCCAAUCUGUAAACGCCUCGCGUAUAGUUAAAAACUACCCACCUGUUAUUGGCUACCAACCAAGUGUCCCGUCUACUACGCAGCUCUCUGCUUCCAGUAUCCUUGCUGAUACCAAAAAACACCAACAGCUGCAGCAACAACACUCUAUUGUUGUUCAACAGCAGCAGCCUCAAGUUGCAGGCUCAACUGCUGGAAAUGUGAUUGUUGUUCAUCGAGGUCACACAAAUCGUCUUGUGACCGCCAGUUCGGCAGUGCCGAGUUCGCCUCACGUGAGUCUUACGACAAAUUUGUCCUCCAAUUCAUCCACUUCAUUGCCGAUAGUAUCAACCUCAAGUCGUUCAGUUCGCAUCCUCCCUGUAAACACUCCUCUCGUCACCCCAGCCACCCCCGUUACUACGGCGACCGGCAACACCACCUAUACUCCUCUGCUCUCUGGAACCCAAUUACAAAAUUAUACUCAUCAACAUCUCCAUCAACCUAACUAUCGUCUCUCCAGUUCUACCACAAUCAUUUGCAAUGACCCCGAGCUACCAACAGGUGCUACCAACAUCGUGAAGAUGCCGAUUGGUGGUGGGCUGCUAUCGCGAUCCACGGUCUCUUCUAACCCAACCUUGGCAUCGAAUCCACCAGCACCAAGCCAGGUCAACUCUCCUGCACUGGUCAGCGUGCUAGAGCCCAAACGACCCCGUCUGGCCUUCGUGCCUGCUGCAGCUUCCCCCUCAGCUAGGCAACAAAUCCCAUGGAAAAAUGAGGAUGUAGAAUACUUAGUCUCCCAUCUUCGUGCUCUUCGGGCAGUCUUCGUUGACCCGUCCGCCCUAGAAGAACUCGAUGCCAACCAGGAAAAUUGUACACAAACCCUCAUUGCUUUGAGUUCCAUUCUCUCAUUCCUCCUCAACCUCGAAUCCAGAAGUUUCCUAGAUCAGACGGAGGGUCAAUUUCAUCUCGUACUGUCUGUGUUGAUUCAAUGCUUGGUGAACUGCCUCUCUCACAUGGCGCAACACAAAAUGCACGUCUCUGGUGAGGUCACAGCCGCACUUAUUGCCUCUCUUGUCUACAAUGAGGCUGUCCGCGAUUGGGUCUUCUCUCUCAACUCACUCAACUCAUUGCCACUGUGGCGGGUCAGAAUAGGUUGCUACGCCUUCAUCUUAAUCACUACUUUGAUUACGUCCGUGCAACAGUUUGGCAUUCCAUCUGACUUCACAAAGUUCCUCCUUCUAGCAGUGCGUGCUAUGAAGGUUAUCAGUGUAAAUGGGGGAGAGAGUGUUCAACUGAUGCAGACCUGGUUCGAUCACUGCAUUUCCCUCAUCAGUGCACUCUGUACCCUCCCUCCGAGUGAGGAGUACUGGAAACACAAAACUCGACGACAGGAACGAGCUAUAGAGUUGUCGGCCGCUUUGGGUACUAUUCUACUUCUCCAUGAGUACGAGGAACAGUCAGAGGGGUUGGAGACUCCAUCAAUGAAGAAAUUAGCAGAGUUGUGUGGGAACUUCUGCCUGCCUGGGAUAAAAGCCUCAAAGGAGUUAUGGAUAGACAUGAUGAUAGGCAUCCUUAGGCACUGUGCUUUGAAGUCACCGUUCAAAGUACGCCAUGAGGAAGAAUGCAAUUUGAAAUCCUAUUUCCUUUCUGUGGCCCUGCCUGAUGACGAUAGUCAACAAAUGUCUGCAAUCCUACGAGGUGGCGUAUAUUUGACACUCAAUCUACUCCCAUCAAUCGAGGGCACUAACACACCUCAACCCGGUGCGGCAAAUAGGGACCAGUUAACCGCCCUUCUCUUCACCAUUGGUGAUUUGAUGGUGAUUGUUGACUCCCUGUUACAGGCUCAUCUUGCCACACGUAAGAUGAUCGGAGUGGGUCGAAAAGCUCCCAGCCUAAUGGAUUCCAUGGGUACUUUCAGUUUUGCCCAACCGAGAAGUAUCUGUUUUGCAGUGGACCUAAAACAGGAUCUCAUUCGUUCCCUUUUGUCUAUGGUGCAUUCACAACCCCUAUUGGUUGCGAGCUUCGUGGAAUAUCCACGAGUGACGCAUAUCGAAUGCGUCUCCUCCACAGAUAGCACUGAAGUGACCGUUAAUGCACACGACAUAUUUUGGGCUCUAAUCAAUGCUUCCCAACGCGAUCCAGCCAGUCCCUUGGCCGUGGAGUGGACAAUUGUCCUCCUUGGUCUCCUCCUCAAACCUGUCAUCCAGUCAGACGAGGUGCUGCGAGCUGCAGCUUUCAUCAGUUUUCAUGGAUUCAAAAAUGCUGAGAACCUUCUAAUCCGAGGAUUUCAAAGGCUUGCCAGUGUGAGAGUGGCAACACCGACUUCGAAACUACUGGAUGACUCCCGGAUGAAGAGUCUUCUAGAUCAACCUGCAGAAGCCGCCGUCUUUGCCCAGAUAUCGAAGAUGCAUCCAGAUUUUGACAGAAUGAUAGUUAAACCUCUUCUCGAGGUGGCUAAACUAAGCGCCGCGUCUGUUGUCGACCUGCUUCAUCUCGUUCUAUCUCAGGAUUUGGAGAACUUCUGUCCAGAUUCCUGCUUGCUAGAUGCACGACUCAGGUUGCUUCAACCGCACUUUGUUAUCUCUCAGGUGAUAAAUCCGCUGAUGAGGUUCGGGGUGAAGAAUCCUUAUCGUGUGAUUCGUCGAUGUCCGAGUUUAUUCACUGCGGCGAUUAUGAAGGAGGACGAUCAAACUCGACUACUGACUGCUCUCUCCACACUGAACAUACUCCUUACUAAAAAGGAUCUUAGUUCCCUUGUGAAAAAAUACCCAUCCGUCUUGACUCGGAGUCGAGAGGACUUGCAAACGACACAUGACUACUUGACACGUGUUAUGGGUCUGGAGGGUUCAGGAGAGAUGGCGGGAGCAACAGCAACUCCACGAAGUGUUCAUCACACACGUCAUUCCACGCGUCUGCGUCUUGUUUUCUGUCCGGCUUGGCGAUUACCCCUCCGGCGCACCGUCACACGACACCUUCUUCUUCUCCUCGCCAAUCAAUGGCCACCUUCUCUCCCACAUUCUGCUCAGAUGUGGUCCGCUCACCGCUCACACCAGCGCACACGUCAAAGACAUGCAACACGGCGUCUCCACAGGACCAUCCUUACUCUAUCUCAUUGUCUCUCUUCCUCUCCUUUCAUAACCACUCGUGAUGAAGAAUCUCAAGACUACAUUGUUGGACAGCUGCUGACUUGUUCUCCCGAACAAUUUUCAUAUUGGCUUGAGUAUCACGAUGAACCGGAGGGGGAACGCGUGGAAGGUAGAGCUUUUAGUGCAAAGGAUGUUCGACAAUUUGAAAAGAUAUGCAAUACCUUGACCCCGGAGGAGAACUUCAUCAGAGAAGAGGAGGAUGAAGACUAUUCCGACAGUGAAUCGGAUACCUCAGAUUCGGAGUAUUGUCCUUGA